AUGAGCACUAAAGGAGUAUCACCGCAGGAGAAUGAGGCCAAAUUGGCAGCAAUAGGGGAGGAACGUUGGACCGCGCGCCCAAAAAACGAUAUCGUGCGUGAAACGUCACACAAGGACACCAAGCAGUCGAACGUGGCUCAAAAAGUCACGCCUGAAAUACUUUCGCAGUUAUUACUGAUCAAGGGUCCAUUGGCCAUCCGGUUCAUUACGCAAGCACUUGCAGAAGCGAUCCCCGGUUUCAAAGCGCUAUCGGCCUCGAAGCAGAGGCGUGUCAUCAUGGGCGUGCUCGAAACAGGGGAUGCACAGAAUGGAGUAGUUUUUGCCAAGAUAGGGUGGGGCCAGUGGUCUGCACGCAAGGUCGAUCCAGAAGUGUUCGAAAAAGAGCGUGAAGCGACAAACAUAGCCAAUGCCAAAAUAAAAGACGCGGUUUCGCAGGAGAGACGACGCAGCAGUAGCAGCAAGAGACACGGCUCGCGAAAGGAGCGUGAAUUCCUCUUCGGAAGCGGGUCCCAGGCAGGGUUCCUAUUUGAUGAGAAUGCGCUAGCGUCUGAAGAAGAGGACGAAGAUAUUGACGCCGAUGAAGAGGACGCAUCUCAUGCCACAAAUUAUGAUGUAAUGAAGAGACGGAAAUCGAGCGUCGUUUUUGCAGACGCGCCGGAGGACCUCGAUAAUGAGCUUAAGUGGCCCUCUAUCCGUCCGCUACUGAAAAACAAUCGGCGCCGGUCGUCAUCCAAAGUGCGGGCUCAGUCAAUAUCGAAACCGGGCUCCUUUAGGGGGUCAGUGGUGAGCCUGGGGUCCAGUGGAAGCACCGAACUAAUCACAACGGCGGCAUUGGACUUGAAAAGUCGCAGUUCGACGGACCUGCAGGCCUCGGUGGACCACGACCAGGACCUGGGCGCCAACCGUUUACACAAUAGGGAGGCCCGGAUGUCGUUCUCCAAAGAAUCUUCGAUACGAUCAACGUUACUGGCGCAUGCCAGUCAUCGCGUGAGUCCGCUUCAAAAAGCUGUCGAGAGUUUACCAGUUGGUGGCGGAGAAAAAGUCUCGCACAGCAACUUCAGCAGCACGUCUCCUCAGCCACUGCGCGAUCUUGACCAGUCCGACACGGACGAAGAAGACUGGGAGCGCAUAGGUGCGGCCUCCUUGAGAAACAGUAGCGAUCGCUCAAGUGUACAAUCCCCUCAAUUAGAGCCCACUGCUCCGUUGCAACAGCCACCACGCAUGGCAUUAGCCACUUCUCCGAAGCUUCCAACAGCGGAUACAAGCAAAAAACGGACACACCGCGGUGCUGAAGACCCAGAAGACGCAGCUUUCCUAUUGAUGAGCCUUAAAUCUUAG